UUCGGCGUCAUUGUAUUGAAGUGCCGCUGAAUUACCCAACAAACAUCUGGAUACACAGUUCACGUUUUGGGCAGGAGCUCCCCUAACAUCUGGACCGCAGGCUGUUUAUCACGUAAGCUCCUGAAACUACGAAUGGCCUAAAGCCACGGCGUCCCGCAAACAUUCCUCAGGAGAGACUCACAAUGCCAAACUGGGGAGGAGGCAACAAGUGUUCAGCGUGCCGCGGAACCGUUUAUCAUGCCGAAGAGGUGCAAUGUGACGGCAAGAGUUUCCACAAAUGUUGUUUUCUYUGCAUGGUCUGCAGGAAGGGUUUGGAUAGCACCACACUGGCAAUUCACGAUCAGGAGAUCUACUGCAAGUCAUGCUAUGGGAAGAAAUACGGACCUAAAGGCUACGGCUAUGGACAGGGAGCAGGGACACUAAACAUGGACCGAGGAGAGCGGCUGGGAAUCAAACCAGAAGAGACCCAGACUCACAAACCUACUACCAACUCCAACCCGUCCAAAUUUGCCCAGAAGUUUGGAGGGACGGAGAAAUGUGCUCGAUGUGGAGACUCGGUCUAUGCAGCUGAGAAGAUCAUGGGGGCGGGCAAGCCAUGGCAUAAGAACUGUUUCCGCUGUGCAAAAUGUGGGAAGAGCCUGGAGUCGACCACUCAGACUGAGAAAGAUGGAGAAAUCUACUGCAAAGCUUGUUACGCCAAGAACUUCGGACCCAAAGGGUUUGGUUACGGCCAAGGAGCCGGAGCUCUGGUUCACGCUCAGUGAUGACUCAGCAGAAUCCCGUCCACAGGCAGGAACGUUUCUCAAUCUUGGCGUUUCUCUUUGAAAGCGCCGUCGUUACAAAUAAAACACAAAGUGAUGACGUU